CGUAAUGAGUCGUGCCCACAAAGAAUACACUUAUUUAGAAGCCCAAAAUCCUAAUCAUUAAGAGAGAAACCCACAAAAACCAGGAUAAAUGCAGUUUUGAGGUUUUUAACAUCCCUAAUUUCUAUUAGUGACCAAGAUAAUUUUAUUUCAUUCACGUGGGGUUCAUGCGAUAAGUUAGCAGCUAGUUGCUCUUCGUUUUCAUCCAAAUCGGAUAUUUGAAUCUAAACUCAGUGCUUUUUGCCUCUCAACCUAUUGAAAACCUAGAAGUUGAUUUUCUGUUUCAAUCUCAACUUAUCCAUGGACAAAAAGAGGAACAUUCACCAGCAAUCCCAUGUUGAAACAACCCCGAGGAUAGGGUUAUGUGAUUCAGAGAUCAUAGGAACUCCCAAAAACCAGCAAAAGGACAAGAAGCAGUGGAAGAAUGUUGAUCAAGAUGCCUUAUUGAAGCCUAUGAAGCUGCAGAAACACAAGUUGCGUAAAAAGAAGGUUGUGACAACCCCGGAAAUAGUGGUGGAUGAUUUGGAGAUAUUAGAAACGACCAAAAACCAGCAAAAGGGCAAGAAGCGGGGGAAAAAGCAAAGGAAGGUUGAUCAAGACACCUUAUUAGUUGAGAUAACCAACGAGCCUCCUUUGGAAGUAGAAUCCAACAAGAACCUAAAGAAGAUAAUAGAUGGAUUAAGUGAUCGUCUGAACGAGAUGACUGAAAUUGUCCAAAAAUUGAAGAAGACUUCUGAUCUACUAGACAAGGAGAAAGAAACUCCGGAGGAAAAGGUGUUCGAGUGUCUUUACGAAUCUAAAGAAGCGUUUAUCGAACACAAGAGAAGCAUUUUCGUUAGGGGAUUUGAUUGUUCCUUCCCUAGGGAUGAGAUCAGGAGCACAUUAAUAAAACACUUCAGUUCUUGCGGAGAGGUCUGCGAGGUUGCUAUCCCCUUUCAUUGUAAAACCGGUUCUCCCAUGGGAUUUGCUUUUAUUAAUAUGGUAAAGGAUGAAGAGAAGGCCUUAACACUUGAUGGAAGUUACUUGGGAGGGAUGAGGCUUGAGGUUACAAUGGCUAUAAAUAGAAGCGAAUACCAUGGCUACACUGGCCGCCUUGGUUGUAACCGGUGUCGUCGUGUUUUGUUGAAGCGCCGUAUGGAAGACUUCUAUAGUUUUCCGACAAUACUAAUCCCCUCACCAGAGAUCAAUAGAAGCAGCGGCUAGUCAGAGUCUCCCUACCAAGAUCAAGAAGUGUUGCCAACCAACUACAUCAUGCUUGCAUAAAUUUCUGUGUUCCAACAUAACUUGUUUUAUGGGAAUCGUUCGUUUUAUUUAGUUUCAUAAUUUAUGUUUAAUCUAAUGUUGAAUUUUUCUUUUCUUUUCUUUUAUAAUACUAGUAUUUAUCUUCUUUCUUUUCAAUGAAGUUAGUAUGUAUAACAUUGAAAAAUGACGAGGGUUAUGAAAACUUUAUAAUAUACAAUAAAAGCAAAAUUAGUAAA